AUGCUUCGCACUCUACGCUGCAAUAAAGGUUUGAACGGUGUUUCGUCGAGAACUUUAUUGCAUUCAAGACCGUCGAUGAGGUUCAUGCAUAAGAAAGAUGAUGGUGGGUCAAGCGAUGCAUGUGCGCAACCAGACGCUACAGCAACUACUUUAACAGAUAAAUACGAAUGGCAAAGACUUGUGUCGACCACGAAAACCCCUGAGGGCUUCAAAGCGACUUGGUUGAAUGCGCUCGAAGAGAGAGAAAAACAGCUCGCUCAGGGCAAAAUCAUCGAUUCCUACGUUUAUAAUAGCGUCAAGUCUACUGAGGUAUCAGAGAAAACUCGCGAUGAAUCGUUUUCUUACCUCACACUACCAUUUCGCGAUGACCCCAUGGUCGCAGACUUCUACGUGAAUGCGGCAGGAAGAAUGAGAAUGGGCCAAAUUUUCCAGGACCUGGAUGCGCUCGCUGGUAGAAUUGCGUAUCGUCACACAUCGCCUGCUGAACCAGUGAUUGUCACUGCCUCAGUUGAUCGGAUAUAUCUUUUGAAAGCGAUCGAUUUCAUCUCCGACUAUAAUGUUAUAUUGUCCGGGGCAGUAGUGUGGACUGGCCGCUCCUCGAUGGAGAUUUCCAUCAAAGCUUCCGCUAUCAAGGGAGACCUUCCAACGGAAAUAACCGAAGACAAAUUGGCUGAUGAGGACACGUUUUUGACUGCAUCGUUCACUUUUGUCGCCAGAAACCCUGAAACCCACAAAUCUCUUGCUGUUAACAAGCUGUUGCCCCUAAAUGAGAAACAAUGGAUGGAUUUCAGACGCGCAGAGUCUCAUAACGCAGCAAAGAAACUUCGCGCUUCUAACGAGAGUCUCGAUACGAACCCUCCUACUGAACAGGAGUCUCAAAUCAUUCAUAAAAUGUGGUCUGCUUCGAGACAAUUGGCUACUUUACCUAACAGACCCCCAAAUGUCAUGUUUAUGAAGGAUACAAACGUCAAAUCUACUAUGUUCAUGCAGCCUCAAUACAGAAACAGGCACUCUUAUAUGAUCUUUGGUGGAUACCUGAUGAGACAGACGUUCGAGCUGGCUUACUGUGCAGCAGCUUCUUUUUCGCACUCUUUCCCUAGAUUCAUUUCUUUGGAUUCCACCACUUUCAGAGCUCCCGUGCCUGUUGGAUCCAUUUUGCACAUGGAUGCCAGUGUGGUUUACACAGAACACCUCCAUGAGAGAUCUGCAAAACCAAAAGUGGCUUCAGUUACUGACAAGGCGAUUGAUGGGAAUACGGUAUUCCAUUUUGAACCAACUCCGGUUAACGAAUUGAAUACACAUAAAGAAGGAUUUUUAUCAAAACCGGGUACCAUUAUCCAAGUCAAAGUCGAUACUGUCGUCCAAGAGUUGGCUUCUGAGAAACAAACUAAGUCUGGGUCGUUCAUUUACUCUUUUUUUGCUACGCGCGACUCAGAUGACAAGAACGUGGGUACGCCAGGUUACGCCACUGUUGUACCUGAAACUUACUCAGAGAUGAUUGAGUAUAUUAGCGGCAGAAGACGUGCCAUAGACACCGCAAUGUAUGCAAAGAGCAUUAAACGUUCGAGUAAGCUAUGA